CAGCAGCUACUCACAGAUCACCCCAGGGCAACUACACUUGGAAGCUUAGGCCACGCCCUCUCGCGCAUCAGUGGGCGGGGCCGCGCACGCAAGGUUUGCGUGCCUUCAAGAAGGAUGUAGGGAACGGAAAAUGGCUCCUCGCUGGCCGGGCAAACUUAAGAGUCUGAUUUCCUGGGUUGGGGCCCUACUCCUCGCUCUGGGCGUGGAAAGGGCUCUGGCGCUACCCGAGAUAUGCACCCAAUGUCCAGGGACUGUGCAAAAUUUGUCAAAAGUGGCUCUUAAUUGUAUGCAGACACCAGAGUUAAUGCUGCAUGCCCGCUGCUGCCUGAAUCAGAAGGGCACCAUCUUGGGGCCUCUCUCCAUACCUGAAUUUGCUGUCUUCUUCCACCAAAUUAGGACAUAUCUAUCCUUGAAUUCCAGAAUCUUUUGUGUGGGCUCCCUGCAACUAAACCCCAGGCUGGAUCUCCAGAACUGUUCUCUGAAGGAUCCUGGUCCAAACUUUCCUCAGGCACAUACUGCUGUCAUCAUAGACCUGCAAGCAAACCCCCUCAAAGGUGACUUGAACAACACCUUCCAUGGUUUUACUCAGCUCCAGACUCUGGUACUGCCACAAGAUGCCAACUGUCCUGGAGGUAUUAAUGCCUGGAAUACUAUUAUCUCUUACAUAGAUAACAAAAUCUGCCAAGGGCAAAAGAACCUUUGCAAUAGCACUGCGGACCCAGAAAUGUGUCCUGAGAAUGGAUCUUGUGCACCCAAUGGUCCAGGUCUUCUGCAGUGCGUUUGUGCCGAUGGCUUUCAUGGAUACAAGUGUGUGCGUCAGGGCUCCUUCCCACUGCUUAUGUUCUCGGGGAUUCUGGGAUCCACUACACUGUCCAUCUCCAUUCUGCUUUGGGUGACCCAACGACGAAAAGCCAAGACUUCAUGAACCACAUAGAUCUUCCUAAGAGCAUCCUGAUCUAUCUUAGCCCUUCCAGGGAAAUUGCUUCUUAGAUAGGCAUCAUUGGCCAAUGGAUCCUCCUCAAGUUUGAGGCCAUUAGAAGAUGGAAAAUUGUACUACCCUGGAGUGGACGAGUACCAGUUCCCAUUUGUGCUGUUGCCUAUAAUAAAGUGUUUUUAUUAUU